AUGGCGGCGCCGGGGCUGUCGAAGGCCGAGUACCUGCGGCGGUACCUGAGCGGCCCCGCCGAGCCCGGCCCGCCCCGCCGCCGCCGCAGGAGGAAACCGCCGGGCGGCACCGCCAGGGGCGGGAUGCGGAUCGUGGAUGACGAUGUGAGCUGGAACAGCAUCGCCGCCGCCCCGGAGAAGGAGGAGGAGGAGGACGAAGGGGACAUGCCUGUGGUGGCAGAGUUCAUUGACGAGCGCCCCGAGGAGGUGAAGCUCAUGGAGGAAUUCCGAACAAACUCCAAAUGGAAGCUCCUGGGAGAUGAGGACUCACAGAGUUCGGAUGUGUCGGGAUCUGCCAAGUCUGCCUCGAGGCAGCGGCACCACGACUCCCCAGAGCCCUCGGCCCCAGCAGGGAAACACAACGGCUCCCUGGGGCUCUGUGCUCCCAGGAGACAGAGACACGACAGCCCUGAUGUGUCCCCUCCCCGGAGACAGAGACAUGACACCCCUGAUGUGUCCCCUCCCAGGAGACAGAGACACGACACCCCUGAUGUUUCCCCUCCCCGGAGACAGAGACAUGACACCCCUGACGUGUCCCCUCCCCGGAGACAGAGACAUGACACCCCUGAUGUGUCCCCUCCCCGGAGACAGAGACAUGACACCCCUGACCCCUCACUUCCCAGGAGACACCGUCACGACACACCAGACUCGUCACCUCCCAAAAAGCAGCGUCGUGACACCCCAGAUCUGUCACCUCCCCGGCGGCGGCGGCGUCACGAUACCCCUGACCCCUCCCCUCCCAGGAGACAGAGACACGACACGCCAGACUUGUCACCUCCCAGGAGACAGAGACAUGACACCCCUGACCCAUCCCCUCCCAGGAGACAGAGACAUGACACCCCCGACCCCUCCCCUCCCAGGAGACAGAGACACGACACGCCAGACUUGUCACCUCCCAGGAGACGACGUCCUGGCACCCCAGAUCUGUCACCUCCUCGACGGCGACAGCGUCACGGUACCCCCGACCCAUCUCCUCCCAGGAGACAGAGACACGACACCCCUGAUGUGUCACCUCCCAGGAGACAGAGACAGGACACCCCAGAUCUGUCCCCUCCCAGGAGACAGAGACAUGACACCCCUGACCCAUCCCCUCCCCGGAGACAGAGACACGACACCCCAGAUCUGUCCCCUCCCCGGAGGCAGCGUCAGGAUUUGUCACCUCGCAGAGAGAAGCUGGGGUCCCCGAGCGGGAGGAAGAGCAGAACGAAAGGACGGGCUUCUCCCACGCAGAGGGACCAGCAGAGGUCACGGAGCCCCCCGGAGCACUCCCCACACCACCGGGAUGCCAAGGGCUCUCCCAAGAAGGCUAGCACCAUGUCGUCUGGAGCCAAAGCGGGCCUGGUGUCGGCUGAUGUGCUGCAGAGGGAGAAGCAGGAGCUCAAGAAGCACGAGAGGAGCACCAGGCACCUGGAAGAGGAAUCCCGGAACGCUCAGACCGUGUUCCGAGACAAGUCCGGCCGCAAGAGGAACCUGGCCCAGGAGCAGCUGGAGCAGAGGCUGAAGGCUGAGGCAGAGGCCAAGAGGGAAGAGCAAUAUGCCAAGUGGGGAAAAGGGCUGGCACAGGAGAGGCAGCAGCAGCAGAACGUGGAGGAUGCAGUCAAGGAAAUGCAGAAGCCCUUGGCCCGUUACAUCGAUGACCAGGACCUGGACCGAAUGCUGAGGGAGCAGGAGAGGGAAGGAGACCCCAUGGCUGCUCUCAUCAAGAAGAGGAAGGCCAAGGAGAACAAGGAGAAAGAAAAACCCAGGUACAAGGGACCAGCGCCUCCCCUCAACAGGUUCAACAUCUGGCCCGGGCACCGCUGGGACGGUGUGGACAGGUCCAACGGCUUCGAGCAGCAGCGCUUCGCCCGCAUUGCCAACAAGAAGGCAGUGCAGGAGCUGGCCUACAAGUGGAGUGUGGAGGACAUGUAGGGACAGCUCCUGCAGUGCCCCACAGGCACCACCUGUGCACAGCCCCGAGGAGUGGCUGCUCUCCCUGCAGCCAGCCCUGUGCUCACAUCCAGCUGCCCACUGGCCAUGUGCUGCGAGGCCAGGCUGCAUUUCCUGGCAGCCAGAGCCUCCAGCUCCAUGAGAGGACACUGUUUCUUGUUUGUUUUCUGACAAACUUCUGUUCUACACCAAAUGACUUCUGAGGGCAGCUCCCAAGUCUUCAGGUGUUCCAAAUCUCAGGUGCAAAUCUGCUGAACGCUUGGGCUUGGGAGAGUUACCCUCCUGCUGUGGGUCAGUCUGCUCCAGAACUCAGGUUAAGUGGAACUCCUGAACUUCUGUCAAGUUUAUGCAGUUACUUUGCCAUGUAGAUCCCAGAGUCACCAACGUGCAGGAAAGUUCAAACUCAACUUCUCCUGACCCUGUCCCAGCAGGAAACUGGGCAGGGAAUGCUGUGGCACUGGAAGUGCUGCAUUGGGCAGCAAGAUCUUCAGGAGCCUCAGCAGUUCUGCAGGGCUCCAUUGCUACUGGAAGUAAAUGUGUGGAGAGUUAGGACUUAAGACCUGGAAUUGCUCCCCUCACAGUUUGGAGCAGCUGCUCCCCUCAGACCCCUCUGGGUUUGGGGCUGAUCUCAGCACUUGGCUCGCUCCGGUGGGAAGUGUAACAACCCUCUCCCGGGAUCAGAUUUGUCAGUCUCGGGGUUUCCCUUAAUCCCUGUGUGCCAGAAAGCACUUGUGGAAAUAAAUACAGUUGUUCUUGCUGAGCUCCCAGGGAGCAGGGAUGACUGCAGCAGCAGUUUCCAUGGAGAUGCCUUGGCUGCAGCAGUGCAGGGCAGGGCAGGAUCGCCCUUUCCAGGGAUUCUCCAGCCCUGGGAGGGCCGUGGGUGGGAGGGACAGCAGCACGGUCUGCUCUGGAGUGCCAGACUCUUGGGACUUCCCUGCUUUUCAUCCCUGUGCCACAUUUCCAGCGGCCCUGGAAUUGCUGUGUUCACCUGUAAA